CAGACCGGCAGCCGUAGGCACAUGGCUAUGCCAGUAUACCAUCACUAGUUCUACUUUGUGUGAACCCUAUAUAGCUAUCACAUUUGAGCAACACAAGAUAUACAAUCAAUCUCAAUCAGAUAACGAAUCAAUAUCAUGCUCACAGCACAACACAUUAUACAUCCAACCAAUACCUAACAUCUGCCUCCACCAAUAUACAGCAAAUCAACAAAACACCAUGACAAUCAAGUAUCAACACAAGACUAAUCAUGAACCCAAACGUCCUUCUUAUACCCCAACUCAAAGCCCUCUCUCUCCGCAUUUCUCGCACUCCCACCCCCGACCCCCGUCGCCAGCGUCACAACCUUCAACCCUAAUUCCCUACACUUAUUCAACCUCGCCCGGAUCAGGGCCCCAUGAAUCCCCUUUCCCCGAUACCCAGGCACCGUACUAUCCAAAUACAAAUGCCCAACUUUCUCCCCUUCCCCUUUCCCUUCAGCAUCCCCACCAUCCCCCGUCUCAAGCACCCCCAACGCCGCACACCCAACCACCCUCCCCCCAUCCACCGUCCUCGCAACAAACAACCCCGUAUCGGCCCUCACCGUCGCCAACCUCGCCAACAAGCCCAACAAUUCCUCAUUCCUUCCACUAUCCCUAAACCCCGCUACCGAGGCGGCAAUAAACUCCUCCUUCUGUUCCUCGGUGGGGUUAACCAAUUCCGUAACUUCUAUUCCCUCCUUCUUCACUCUAUCCCCAUCCCCAUCCCCAACCCCCAAAUCACCGCAAGAUGAAGAAAAAA